GGAACGGCGUAGAAGGAUUGGUGUGAAAAUUUCCCCGUUCUUCAAUUUUAAACAUACAAUUUUUUUGCUCUCGAUUUUAUAACCUCUUUUCUUUCUUCCUUUUUUUUCGGUCCAUCCGAAACGCACCGAAACUGUGGGGCACCCCAAAAAUGUUUGAUCAUAAAUCUAACACACCCCGUACCCUCGGGGAACCCCGGUUCCGGACACAAAACCACCGGCACCACCAACGAUGAAUGAUGGUUGGCGAUCCCUACAAAUAUUAUAUGCAUGUAAAACAUGGCAAUCAUCAAACAUACCCUGCCUGCUUGGACCGACUUUUGUUCGGGGUUGUGAUUAAAAAUACGGGCUAUGCAGCGACGGCGGGACCCUCACAGCCGGGCACAGCGGAUCCACCGGAACAGACGCAGAAGGAGAAGAAAGGCAAAAAGGUUAAAGGCAAGAAAAAGGGAAAACCAAAGAAAGGAAAAAAAGGAGGUACGUAUCGGUUAACUAAACUAACGAACAAAAAAAGAAAUAUGAAUAGUAAAAUUGUGCAACAAAAAAAAUGGUGCGGUGUGGUGCAUGAAGAACAACAAUGUGCAAUUAUUCCACACAACGACGUGCAAAACAUCCACCGAUAGCAAUUAGUCCUUUGUUGAUUUGCUCACCAUCGCCGACUGUGCUGGGGGAGCAUCGUCAACGUCGUCAACGUCGUCAACGUUCUAAUUAAAAAAUCCUUCUUGUUUUUCCCCGCCCAUCUUACCAUCGCGAAACAACUUUUCUAAUUAGACGCUGACCAUGAGAUUACUGGAGAUGCCGGAUUCCUUGGGGCUAGCAACGAUAAUGAGCUGGUUGAAGUUACAGUAAGUUUAACGGCGUUGGUGCCACUGAUGAUGGCGUUAAAACGGGCAUCUUGACCAACACCGUCGCGUGCCCGUGGGUGGUGGAGGGGUGGGGGCGGUGAUAUUUGCUACAUUGUACGCUAAUGGAAAAGUAAUGUCCGUUGUUUGCUUUUGUACACACGCUAGAAAAUUGUGCCGACAUCGAUCAAAACACCAAUCGUUCACAUUUGCUUUGGCAUCAUACCGGAGGAGAAAAUUGAUCCCAACAUACGCUACGUGUAUA